AUGAAGAUAUUUUGGAAAGAACUAUACGAGUUAGAUGUUGCUGCACGAGUGUUUGAAAAGAAGAAGGACAAAGAAAAGGUGACGUUUUUAGAAGAUUCGUCUUCUAAUUCUGGGUUGGAGAGCUUGAAAGCUCCGGAAGAAAGGAUUUUGGGGGCAAUGAGUGAAGGAUUUUCUGGUCUUAAAUUAGUGGUGGAGACAAAGCUGGGUGAUAUGGAUGUGAGGAUGAGUAAAUUUGAAAAGAACCAGCGACAACUGAGAAGAAGGGCUAAGAAAAUAGAAGAAAGGCUGACUUCUAUCGAGAGCAAGAAAAAUGAGGAGAGGAACUAUGGUGAAGAUAUGGAUUUUGGACAGUGGGAUGAUAAGGAUUAUGGUAGAGCUGAAGGGAAGGAAAAUAGUGAGAAGGCUAAGGAAGAAAAGGGAAACACUGAGUCUGGCGAGGAAAAGGAUGUGGUCUCGGGUGAGGAAAACAGUAAGGAUGGUGAGAAAGACAAGGGAAACGUGGAGGAUGAUAUGGAACAAGAUGACGAAGAGGAAGAGCAAGUUGUUGUGGAGAAAAGGACUGAAAGCAGUGAAGAAGAGAAGGAGAACGAGGCUGAUAAAACAGAGCUGGGAACUAGGGAAGAAGAUGAGGUAUCUGAAGAAGAUUACGAUACUGAGGAAGAGGCUGCGAAGAGGAGAAUAAAGGCGGAUGCGGUAUGGAGGAGAAUUCUUUCUGAAUCUGACGAAGAUGUAGCGGAGAAGAAAGAGGUUGAAGGGAAAGAGGUUCAAGAAGAGGUUGAGAAUCUAGAGAAAGAGGCUGAGAAAGUUUCCAAGGGAACUCCUACACCACCACGUGGUAGACCGAAGAGAUUGGCCGCGAGAAAAAUAGUACUUACACCACCAGAGGAGUUUUUAAGAGGACCGGCGGUAACUGAGCCAUCACCUAUCGAGACUGAAAAAGAGGCUGAGGAGAUGGCAGUUGAAGCAGAUGUGGAGGAAGAGGAGGAAAAACCUGAGGAAAGUGACGAGGAGAGUCCCACCGAGAAAAAUGCUGAAGAAAUGGUGGAGGAAGAAGAAGCAAUAGAGGAGAGUCCCACCGAAGAAAAUGUUAAAAAAAUGGUGGAGGAAGAAGUUGUGGAAGAAGAAACUAUGGAAGAAGAAGCUGUGGAAGCAGAGAAAGCUGAGCAAGAGGCGGAUAAAGUGGUUGAGAAAGAAGCUUAA